AUGACAGCGCAACCUGCGCGUAUCACCACCCGAAUACGACGAGCCAGCCUUCUAGGUCUGCCGGCAGAGCUGCGUCUGCGCAUCUACAGCUUUUAUCUUCGAGAUCUACUCGUCAUAGUACAUCGCCAGAAUACAUCUCAUAAAGGGCCCGACGACUUGAGCUACCAUCACACUAUCCUCGAAGUCUGCCGAACCAUUCGUAGAGAGAUCCACAUACCAUUCUUACAAACCAUAACUUUCGAGCUCCGCGACCUCCACACCGAAUGCAACUUUUCGGCAUGGCUCGAUAAUCUCGGUGACAAGGCAGUAACGAAUCUGCGCAGGUUGAACUUCGACUGCGUGGGCAAGUGUUCACAGCCUGGGAGGACAGAGGAUGAAGAAGCAGAUGCAGAAGUAGAGGUAGAAGCAGAUGCGAUUUAUUGCUAUCGCGAACUCCAUCUCGAUCUGACCACGCCGGACGCCGCGGAUAUACUAGACAUCCGUGACCUGCACCCCAUGGAUCUUUGUGAUUACUCGGAUGAGGAGCUGAAUCCGUUUUGCUCCAGUCAGGCUCUCCCUUGUGUGGAGCUGAAUUGUGCAGCUGAGAUAGAGGCUGUUGAGCAAUUGACAUGGCGUGAGGGGGUGCCUGUGGUCACGAAGGAGAGGUUGCUGCGCGUGUGGCGGAGCCUGUGUCAGGAUAAUGAGGAUGCGGUGGUUGGAUCGGAUGACGAUGAAGCUGGAAGCGAUGAUGGUCGAGCUGAAGACGAUCACGUUGACGACGAAGCCGAUAGCCACGAAGGCGGUGACCAUGAAGAAGUCGAAGAUGAAGUGAUGUGA